AUGGUGAGUGAUAACAGUAACAACAGCAGCGAUAGUAGCGUGCAUUGGGAGAAGAGGAAUAAUAACGGUGCAGGCCACCGUUAUCGUUCCAGAAGCGGCAAUAACGGUGCUUUGGCAACGCAACUGGGUAGGGGAACGCUUCCCGUCAGGGGAUUAGUAAAGGACCGAAUGGGAAGCGGCAAGAUUACGAGCUGUGUGGAUGCGUUUCUGGCGGCCAGGAACCAGUUGAAUACGCCCUGGGACCGUUCUGAGUGCAACUGGCUGGACGAGGUGGAUUACUACGUGCGGUUAAGGAAAACCGCGUUCUCGAAGGAAUUAGAUCUACUAAGAAAGCCCAUGAUUGAUAUGUAUAUAGUAGAGAUGAGAGAAAAGUUUGAUGCCUCUUACAAUGAGUCCAGGAGAAGAUUGGAGGCCAAAGUAGCACAAGUUGAAGAUGAAUGGUAUGCAGUACAUGGCGAUGUGAAUGCAAAACUUGAAAAGCUAGUAGCAGAGCGUCGGUUAUUGAAAAGGAUAUGCGACAAGAUUGUCCCACCCAGGUCUAGAAGGUCACAGCCACUGUUGUCAUUGACCAAAGAGGACCGGGCCAACGGUAUCUGUCCACAGCCUAGAGGAAUGAAGGACAUCACUUGGUUCGAGGCGGUCCAGAAGAAAAUGUCGGGAAUGGAUGGUACUAUCAAGCUUUUGGAGACAGAACAAAAGCUACUCGCGGAUGAGAGAAACAACAUCAGGAAGACGUUCUGGCCCAUGGUGGAAGCACAUUCCAGUUCAAAUGAAUUUGCGUACUUGGAAAAAUGCAUCAGGCUGAUGGCCUCCCAGAGGGCGAUAUGUUUUUGUCUUGAUAUAGAGGCCUUCGAGACAAACCAAAGCGUAAUCACGGAAAUUGGAAUCUCCAUUUAUGACCCCAGAGAGAACAUGGCGCCUUCAAUGGUUCCAAUUACAAAAAAUUACCACUUAAUCAUCGAGGAGUCUUUAGAACUUAGAAACCAAAAGUGGGUCUGUGAUUACAAGAAUUGCUAUUUACUGGGAGAAAGCUAUGUUUUGAGCCUGAAGGAGUGUGUGCAGUUCAUCCAAUCGCUGAUCAAUUACUACUUGGUCCCGGUGACCGAAGAGGAUAAAACGUGGUCAAGAGCCUUUGUUGGGCACCACGUGAGUGGAGAUCUCAAGUGGCUGGAAACUAUUGGCGUCAAAUUCCCCGGCAGAGGGUACGAAGGGAAUCUGGACUACACCCUGCUCUUGGCAGACGACCCUGGAGAUUUAGACGUGUUUAUCUUGGACACUGAGCAGUUUUACCGCAAAUCGUAUGGCGGAAAGGGGAGUAGUUUGGGCAAGAUCCUCCGGCUGUUCGAAAUACCGCAUGCGUUUCUGCACAAUGCAGGCAAUGAUGCGUACUACACCCUGCAUCUAUUCAUGAACUUUUCCGAUAUCAAUUUCAGGAAAAUAGGUGGCAUGGACGAUGUCCUUAAGGUAAUGAGCCAAGUGGAAAUUUGGAGCGAAAGAGAUGUGCGGGAGCCCAAAGUGGUGCCCAUGUCAUACGCCAUCUCCAUCGAGGAGGCAGUCAAAAGUCGGGUCUACCGAAAGGGAGUCAAGAGCACCAGGAAGGAAAGAGUCUGCCAAACGGAAUUCGGUGGGCUGACGUAUUUUGGAAGUGGUAAAGGUGCCUUCACGAGCACACUCCCGCCAUGCUAG